AUGGAGUCUCUGGGCGCGUGCGCCGCGAUCUCGCUCUUCGUGUACGCGCUCGUCAGGUUCGGGGUCGGCGCCGGCGACGUCGGCGGCGCGUCCGGCGUCGGCGGCCCAGGCGCCGCGGUGUCCACCUUCGUCCCAGCCAAAAUCGACGUCGCCAAGGUCCAGCGAUCGUGCGCGUCGCGGACGGACGGGGCGGGAGCCGUGCUCGUCACCGGCAGCGCGGGCUUCGUCGGGUUCCACACCGCUCUCGCCCUCAAGGAUCGCGGGUGGGGCGUGCUCGGUUUGGACAACGUCAACGACUACUACCCGACGUCGCUGAAGCGUGCGCGCAUGAAGGAGCUGGAGAAGGCGGGGGUGCACACCGUCGAGGCGGACCUCAACGACAGGGGCGUCGUGCGCGACGCCCUCGACGCGUGCAAGUUCACGCACAUCCUCCACCUCGCCGCGCAGGCUGGGGUCCGAUACGCGGUGAAGAACCCGGGGAGUUACGUCCACUCCAACGUGGCGGGCAUGGUGAACAUCAUGGAGGAGAUCAUACGGACGUCGCCCAUGCCCAAGGUUGUGUUCGCGUCCUCUUCCAGCGUGUACGGCUUGAACACUGAGGUUCCGUUCAAGGAGAGCGACGUGACGGAUUCGCCCGCUUCGCUCUACGCGGCGACCAAGAAGGCGGAUGAGCUCCUGGCGCACACCUACAACCACAUUCACGGCGUCGCCAUCACCGCCCUACGGUUCUUCACCGUGUACGGACCGUACGGCAGGCCGGACAUGGCGUACUUCUCCUUCGCCAACAACAUCGUGCGGGGCAAGCCCAUCACCAUCUUCAAAGGAGAAAACGACGCGGAGCUCGCGAGGGACUUCACGUACAUCGACGACGUGGUGCAGGGCGUCAUCGCCUCGCUGGAGACGAGCGAGGCGAGCGGGAAGAAACCGGACGGGUCCAAACCCCCGUUCAGGGUCUACAACCUGGGAAACAAGCAUCCGGUGACUGUGAGCGAUUUCGUGACGACGCUGGAGAAGCACAUGGGCAAAAAGGCCAAACGAGAGUACGUGCCGAUGCCGAAGACUGGGGACGUGCCGUUCACCCACGCCGACGUGUCGAGGGCGGCGAGGGACCUGGGGUACUCGCCGCGCACCAACCUGGACGACGGGCUGAAGAAGUUCGUGGACUGGUACAAGGAGUUCUGCAAGGGGGCGGCGUGCGCGGGGAUCCAAUCCUACGUGCCGGCGUGA